AAGCGGCAGCUCCAGAAGGAGUUGUGGAAGGCUUUGAGGAGUCAGCUACUGUGGGAAAGGUCACCCUUCACUCUCUGUACUUUUAGGUGAUCGAUAGCGGCGCCACCUAUAGCAUGACACCUCAUGCGGACUUGCUCACCGAACUCGAACCGUCGCCGGUCAAGCAUGUUACAUCGGCUUUGGGGCAGCGAGCAGAUGUGAAAGGCAUGGGCAAGGCCAUGUUCAAGGGUGCUGAUGGGAAGAUGGUGGGCCUCAAGAACGUGCUUUGGGUGCCCAACCUAGCAGCCAACCUGAUUUCCAUGCGGCGUUUGCAAAAGGCCGGCAUGGACACAUCUUCCAAGAGAUCCAAAACAUAUACCGCGAGGCUUGGUGAGCGGAAGCUUUGGGACCUUCAUGAGGAUAGGGACAUCUACAAUGAGAUGUGGCAAAUCCCAGUGGUCCCCAUGCCUAAGGAGAGGCAAGUGGCAGCAAGCGUCAGCACCAAGAGUGAAGUUGUUGGUGGCGGUGAUCACGGAAAGCAAAGUGACACCAAGAGUGACUCGAAGGAGUGCAAUCUUGGAGAGGCCAGCAAGGCGUGUGAACCCAAGGAGAGUGGUGCAGCAGCCAAAGGUGGUGGAAAUGAGGAGGAAAAGCCUAAGAUCAUCAAAGCAACAGUGGCGAAGGAGAAAGGAGAGAGCUUGUGGGGCAGAAUUGCGAGUGCUGUUUUCUCCAACCCGACUCCCGCUAUGGGAGAGUGUGAUUGGCUGACCUUGCAUCGGCGAAUGGGGCAUGUGGCGUUGCCCAUUUUGCAGCAGAUAGUUAAGUAAGAGAUGGUCAGUAGGAUACGUGUCAAGGGGGAGCCCAAUGAGGUGCUUGGCUGUCCAACAUGCAUGCAAGCCAAGUUCACCCGCUACCCGUUCCAUAGCUCGGAGACAACGGCGAAGGCACUACUUGAUGAGGUGGUGAUGGAUGUGGUUGGCCCCUUGAAGCUUGGAGCUGCUGGAGCUGAGUACUUCCUCACUAUAGUGGAUGUCUACACUCGCAUGACUUGGGUGUAUGUGCUGCCCAAGAAGAGUGACGUAGCUGAAACGGUGAAGACCGAUUGGUUGCCGAUGGUGGAGCGGCAACAAGACCGGCUUGUGAAGGCGAUUCGCACUGACUGUGGGGGAGAGUUCCUGAGCAAGGACUUCUCAACUUUGCUGAAGAAGCAGGGCAUAAGGCACUCUCUCACCAUGCCCUACUCUCCUGCAAUGAACGGCAUCGCCGAGCGUGCGAAUCGGACACUCACAGAGACGGCUCGGGGACUUCUUAUUGAAGCCGGUCUACCCAAGUACUUUUGG